AUGCACCUCCGGUACUUUGAAAACGGUGCGGGGAAGCAAACAUUCCAGCCGGAGCUGCGACGGAGUCUCUCUGCAGUCUCGACCCUUAUAAGGCGUGGUCCGUGUGCCGGUCUGCGAAUUGCCAUACCAGGAUCAAGAUUUCGAAUUCACAAGCUUGACCAAGCUACGCAUAGUGUCCCCUUAUCCUCCACGAUCUUCAAUCUCAUCUAUCAACAAAGCAUGUUACCACCACCCACCACCCGCUGGGCGGUCCCAGCUCGGAUGGCGAGUCUCCUCAUACUCCCAUUGCUAUCUGUCCAUGCCUCCGUCGAAGAUCCCAAGCUCCUCCCCACUCCACCAAUGGGCUUCAACAACUGGGCACGCUUCGAAUGCGACCUCAACGAGACCCUCUUCACCGACACCGCCCAAUCCAUGGUAUCCCGCGGUCUCCUGUCCGCGGGCUAUAAUCGUCUCAACCUCGACGAUUGCUGGAUGACGCAUGAACGCGCCGCAGACGGCGCACUGCAGUGGAACGCAACCCUUUUCCCCCACGGGAUCCCCUGGUUAGCCGAUUUCGCCCACGGGCACGGCUUCCACCUGGGUAUCUACGAGGACUCGGGCAAUGCCACUUGCGGCGGGUAUCCCGGCUCAUAUGGAUUUGAAAAGAAGGACGCAGAGACGUUUGCCAGCUGGGGAAUUGAUUAUCUCAAGCUUGAUGGGUGCAAUGUCUAUCCCAACAUGGGGAGGUCCCUGGCGGAGGAGUACAAGCUUCGGUAUGGGCAGUGGCACCAGAUUUUGAGUGCCAUGGAGGAUCCGUUGAUAUUCUCCGAGUCUGCGCCGGCCUAUUUCGCGGAUAAUAAGACUGAGUGGGCGAGUGUCAUGGAUUGGAUUCCGUACUAUGGAGAGUUGGCGCGUCACUCGACUGAUGUACUCGUUUAUGUGGGCGAGGGGAGCGCUUGGGACAGUAUCAUGGUGAAUUAUCACUAUCAGACUCUGCUCGUGAGAUACCAGAAACCGGGUUAUUACAAUGAUCCGGACUUUUUGAUUCCGGAUCACCCUGGUUUGACGGAUGCCGAGAAGCGCUCGCAUUUUGCGCUGUGGGCGUCGUUCGGUGCGCCGUUGAUCAUCAGCGCGUAUAUUCCGGAUCUAUCGGAUGAGGAUAUUCACUUCCUGUCGAACAAGGAUUUAAUUGCCGUCGAUCAGGACCCCUUGGCCCAGCAAGCGGCUUUGGUUAGUCGGGAUGGUACCUUUGACGUACUGACUCGCUCGCUGGCGAAUGGGGAUCGACUUCUUACUGUGCUGAACACCGGUUCAAGCUCAGCAAAGCUUAGCAUCUCCUUGGCUCGUUUAGGUCUCAAGGAAAAGUGUCUGUAUAAAGCCCGCGAUCUCUGGACGGGCAAAUCCUCUACUAUCCACAACUCGGUUGAUGUCUCGCUCGACAGCCAUGCCACGGCAGUUUACCGUAUCACUCCUGGCCGGGGCUGCACCUCGGUCACCCCGACAGGAAUGAUCUUGAACACCGUCUCCGGGCACUGUCUCACCGCUUCCUCGUCUGGCGUUGCCUUCGAGGCCUGCAACGCGGCCGAUACCCAAGUGUGGAGUGUCUCUGGAUCAGGAACGAAGGUGACGGUGAGCCCGCUGUCGAAUCCGGCAAAGUGUUUAGCUGCCGAUGGAUCUAGUGUUGAUCUUGUUGGUUGUAAAGGUGGAGACGGUACUGUUUGGUCCCACGCUAUCACUGGCCACUUGCAAAAUGCCAAUGGGAAUUGUCUGACGGAGUCAGGCGGACAAGGGACUCUGGCGGGCUGUGAGUUGCUGCACAGUGGGCAGAUCUUGAGUCUGCCGAGUGGUGUGCACGUUGUAGAGGGGAGUGGGAAGAAGUAG